AUGUCCGACCAGCGAGAGCAAUACGAGAGGAAGAAAAACGCGAGGCAACGAACUGGUUCAGGGGACGGAGCUGCAAUGCUUACUCUUCCUCCGUCUUCCCGACUUCUCUCUGCGGCGCUGACUCUCUUUCUUCUCGUUUGCUCUCUCUCUUCACGUCUUUGCUCUUUCGUCGACCACGGACCACCCUUCGCCUUCGGUCUUCCAUCUUCGCCCUUCGGUCUUCACUCUUCCCGUCUGCUCUCUUGCUGUCUUCCUUCUUCCUUCGACCACGACAACCAGACCAAACCUGAGGCUGAGGGCACUUGCUGUCUUGCUGAGUUGUUGUCUUCCAACUGCUCUCUCUCUUCCAUUGUUGCUGCCUUCUCUCGCCGCCACCGGCCCACCACUGCUGCUGUUGCUGCCUUCUUUGUUUUGCUGCUUCCACCUUCACGCCAGCCAUGCGACCCUGGAGCUGCUGGAUAUACAAUCAAGUUGGCAGUAUCUCUGGUUAGAAGCAUGAUGCAUUUGACAAGAUUCCAGGACAGCGAGCUCUUGCUUUGCAACUUUCGACUGUCAAGCUCUUUGGGCUUACGCUAUUGGUCCAGAACCAGAACUGAUUUAUCUUUAAGGGUACUGCUGAAGAUGAGAUUGCAUGACAUGAUUCAACAGUAGAAGAAUUGGCAGCCAAUCCAUUCCGUGCUCUUUUCUUUAUUGUUUUUAUGAUAUUAGCAUGUGCACUGUUCUCAAAGACGUGGAUAGAAGUAUUUGGCUUAUCUUCUAGGGAUGUUGGCAAAGCAGUUGAUGCUGGGUAUGGGAAGUGCUUUGGAGAAACUGUGUGGACAGGCCUUUGGAGCUGGGAGGUUGAGGAUGCUGGGGAUUUACAAGCAAAGCCAGAGGUCAUGGGUUAUUUUCUGUUCUGCACAGCCUUGAUCUUGACUCCUGUCUACGUCUUCUCAAACUAUAUUCUAAAGCUUGCUCAAAUUGUUGCUGCUAUUAUCCAAUUUCCUCUUGGAGAUGAUGCUCUGCUCAGAUCUGGACUCGAAUCUGCUCGUCUGUUUUUCCAUCAAAGGACAUAUGUAGCUACUGAAGUUGGCUUUUAUUUUACCAUACUGUGUAGCCAAUUUUAAACUUUUAUUUCCUCGUAUACAUUAUGUCCUAUUUACAUUUUGUUCAGUUGUUCAGUCAUCAGCUUAUGAUUCUAUAAUAGUUAUUAAUGAGAACAGUCUAAUACCAAAUG